AUGGGAGGAGGAGGACAAAGGCGCAGAUGGGAGUACUGGUGGGUUGCUGUGCGUUUCUCUCUGCUGCUGUGCUUCGGAGAGCAGGUUUCAGCACAGAUAAGGUACUCUAUUCCAGAGGAGGUGAAAGAGGGAUCUGUUGUUGGAAAUGUUGCUAAGGAUUUGGGUCUUGACGUCAGUACUUUGGUGGAGAGACGGUUUCGUAUCGUUUCUGAAUCUGAUGAAGCUCUUUUCCAGGCAAAUCAGAACAAUGGGGUCUUGUACGUUCGUAAGAAUAUCGAUAGAGAGGAGCUAUGUGAUGUCAAUGGCGUGUGUUCGAUAGACUUAAAAGUCGUUGUUGAAAACCCCUUAGAGGUCCAUUAUGUGGGUAUAGAAAUAACGGAUGUAAAUGACCACUCGCCCAGUUUUGCUGAGAAAUAUCUACAUUUAGACAUAGCAGAAAAUACCCCUCCUGGGACGCGCUUUGAACUCCAGACUGCACGUGAUGCAGAUGUAGGUUUGAAUUCUGUGUGCAUUUACAAGUUAAGUAGUAAUGCUCAUUUUGAAUUGGAGUUAAUUGAUAAUGGGGACGAAGACAAAGUUCCAUUUUUAAUCAUAAGGAAAGCCAUUGACAGAGAACAAAAUGCAAUGUAUUCGUUCAUUUUGACAGCUAUAGAUGGAGGCAACCCCCCAAGAUCAGGUACUUUAAAUGUCACAGUAACUAUUCUUGAUACAAACGACAAUCGUCCAAUUUGUGGGAAAGAUCUUUACACUGUAACAAUCCAGGAAAAUGCACCCAUUGGAACACCUGUAUUAACCAUAAAGGCCACUGAUACAGAUGAGGGACAAAAUGGCGAAAUUGAAUAUGCACUUGGUCGAAACAUUAAGCGCAAAGUUCAUGACACGUUUCAUUUGAACAGUCUUACUGGUGAAAUUCGUGUCAUAGGUCCAGUAGACUUUGAAGAGAAUGAGUUCUACAAACUAACAGUGCAAGCCUCUGAUAAAGGACAACCCCCAUUAUCAGUUGACUGUAGAGUUGUCAUCACGAUAACGGAUGUAAAUGAUAAUAAACCAGAAAUAGGGGUGACGUCGUUGUCUAACAUGAUAUCUGAGGAUUCGAAGCCUGGAACGGUCAUAUCUCUAAUUAGUUUAACGGAUAAAGACUCUGGUAACAACGGUAAAGUCCUACUGAAAAUAUCGGAGAAUAUCCCUUUUGAGUUAAAACCGUCAUUUAAGGAGAAUGUCUAUUCCUUUGUCACAAAGGGGCGUUUAAAUCGAGAACUUUUUUCCCAUUAUGACGUCACAAUAACAGCUACUGAUUUUGGUCAGCCUCCUCUGUCCACAUCCAAAACUCUGAGCGUCCAGAUAUCAGAUGUGAACGAUAACAGUCCAGAAUUCACCCAAAACCCCCUUGAGCUGUACUUAGUGGAAAAUAACGCCCCUGGCAGAGCAAUAUUCUCUGUAAGCGCCUCUGAUAAAGACUUAAAUGAAAAUGCUGCGAUUUCAUAUCACAUAGUUAGAGGUGAAGGGACACAAAAUGAUAUGGCUUCUUUUCUGAACAUCAAUUCUGAAAACGGACAUAUUUCAGCUCUAAAAAGCUUUGACUUUGAAAUCCUCAAAACUUUCCAAUUCCAAGUUGUUGCUACAGACUCUGGAACUCCGCCGCUAAGCAGUAACGUCACAGUCAACGUGUACAUUCUGGAUCAGAACGACAACGCUCCAGUGAUCUUAUAUCCAGUCAGCGCUAACGGUUCCGCUGAAGGUGUGGAGGAGAUUCCCCGCAAUGUGAACGCAGGCCAUUUGGUGACUAAAGUGAGAGCCUAUGACGCUGAUAUAGGAUAUAACGGCUGGUUAUUAUUUUCACUGCAGGAAGUUACUGACCACAGUCUCUUUGCUUUGGACCGCUAUACAGGACAGAUAAGGACACUUCGGUCAUUCACAGAGACAGACGAGGCUGAGCAUAAACUGGUCAUACUGGUAAAAGACAAUGGGAACGUUUCACUGUCAGCAACAGCUACUGUGAUUAUCAAGGUUGUGGAGCCCAAAGAGGCUUUUGCAGCUUCUGAUGUUAAAAGUUCAGUAAAAGACGAAGAGGAGAACAGCGUUACAUUUUAUUUGAUCAUUACUUUGGGGUCAGUUUCAACGCUUUUUCUCAUCAGUAUCGUCGUGUUGAUUGUAAUGCAGUGCUCCAAACCCACAGACUAUUCCUCCAAGUAUUUACAAGAUGCGAAUAACGAUGGGACAUUGUGUCACAGCAUCCAGUACAAAUCCGGAGACAAACGGUACAUGUUAGUUGGACCCAGAAUGAGUAUAGGUUCUACUAUUGUCCCGGGCAGCAAUGGGAAUACUCUAGUGCUAUCUGAACACAGAAGAGCUUCUGGAGAGAUGUGGUAA